GUAAACAAAGCUUGUUUCUCUCUUUUUAAUCAUGAACUGAAAUCUAUUUCAUUUCCGCCUUUUUGAAUUUCCAUUUUAUUUUUUCACCUCAUUAAUUUUUAUGUAAUUAAGUAAAAAAUAUAUUUUGUAAUAAUGAAAGACGAAAAAGAACCUGUUUUACCUUUCAGUAAUAGUAAUAUUUUACCAAAAAAUACUUUAGAUCGAGGACUGUUUGUUCUUAUGACCGUCGGCAUACCUUCUGUAACUAUUUGGGAAAAUACUAUAUUAUUCCAAUACCAUACUGAGUUUGAUUUCACUGCUAUACUUCAUCUUCUUUUCCAAGUCCUUACCCUCAGUAAUAUAUUAGGAAACUUGUAUUAUUUGCAGCGGGUUGAUUCCUCUGGCAAACGUAAAACAUUACCCGCUGUUCUCCAACCGAAUUGGAAAUAUUGUCAUUUUUGUCAACUGAACUCUCCACCAAGAUCGUACCACUGCCCCAUUUGCGAUGAAUGCAUUUUAAAACGUGAUCAGCAUUGUAUGUUUGCUGGUUGCUGUGUGGGAUUCUAUAAUCAUCGGUAUUAUCUAAUGGCAGUCUUCUACAUAAUGAUUGACUCGUCAAGAUCUGACUACAAAUUUGACCCUUUAAAUUUGCUGCUUUUGACCAAUAAUCAUAGAGUUCCAUGUAUUUCAGCAUCUUACAAUGGCCUCACUGUGUUGAAUCAGUUGGUGGUUUCACUUUAGUAUCUUUACUAUGCAUGGCAGCUCCCCAUGUUGCUGUAUUGUUUGGUUUUUUAAGCAUAUAUGGUUUUAUUUGUGCCAUAACGCAGGUGAUAUUGAUCAGUGUAUGCAUUCUUACUACAUAUUUACUUUUUGUCCAAAUUAAAUGUAUCAGUGGGGGGCAGACUAUUCAUGAAAAACGAGCUAAUAUAACUCUAUAUGAUUUGGGCUGGAAAUUAAAUUUUAUGCAAGUACUUGGUCGCAAUUGGUACUUAGCACUCUUAAGUCCUUUUGCAAAAUCUCCUAUCAAAGGAGAUGGAAUAAAUUUUAUGACAUUUUAUGAUUUAGAGGAAAUUAAAAAUGUAUAAAAGUACCCAUUGUAAUUAUAAGUAUUAUUUUGCUGUUACUAUAAAUCAAAACUUCAAUAUUGUCUUCUGAUCUAUACUUUGUGCUGUGACUGUGUACUUUAUGCUAGAAUUGUGCACAAUGCCAUAUUACCAUUGUUGUAGCCUACUUAUGCUUAAGCCUCUAUUUUUGAUAUAUCUGUGUAAUCUUGUUGAUUUAUGACUUGUGGAUUUUAAAACAUGAUUUAUUUGUUAAAAUGUUGUAUUAAUCUGUCCGAGUUUCUAUGUUAAAUUAUUUAGUGCUCUUUUGUGGUUAUAGAUUUUUUGUUAAACAAUGAUCAGUUGUUUGAAUAAUAUUAUUGAAUUAUUUAUUUAUACUUUAUUUGAAUUUGCAAAACUUUUUAAAUUAAUAAUCUUAAAGUAUUUUAAAGUUGAGUUUAAAAAAUGUUUAUUGUUAUUUCUUUUAAAUUAUGGUUCUGUAUCUUCUAUUAAUUAUAGUAGCAAUGUUUGCUAAAUAUUUAUAUUUUCUGUAAGUUGAUCUCAAUUUUUUCCUAUUGAUUUCCUUUUGUCGUAUCAGUGGCAAAGAUAGGAGAGAAAUGUAACUCUUCCUGUUAACUGCAAAAAAAUUAAAUUUUUUACCUGUUUAAAAAUUGAAAUGUACUCAUAUUAAAGUAUUAAAUGAGCAAUUAAUGUUAAAAUGAGUUUUGAUGCUAAGUUCAACUUUUAUCUGUAAUUAAUAAUUAUCAAUUCUGGAGAUAAGUUAGCGAGUUGAGAAUUUAGUUCAAGCUUUCACCUUAUUUUUAUGAAUAAAUUAUGGAAAAUUUCUGUAUCAUCUUUUUAAGUCACGGCCUCUUAAACAGGCAUAUAAAACUUUUUCAGUGAUAAAAAAUAUACACAAAUUUUUUUUUUCAGUUUCAAUAUUUUGAACUUUAUGAGUGAAAUAAUUUCUUCAAUAAAUACUUUUGCCACAAUUGAUGCAUAUGUUUAGGACAAAUCAUCUGAUAUGUGCCCAUACUUUUUAGUUCUAACUACACAUAUACUCCACCAUUAGGUUUCUAGGGUGAACAAGUUUAUUACAUAUGAAAAGAGAUCUCGCCACCCUAGCUUUAGAAAUUUACAAAAAAUUAUCUUUUUUUUUAUGUUUCUCGACUAUUUUAGUCAUUUUCUUAGAAAUUUAGAUUAUCUAUGGUUAUGAAAUGAAUCCAAAUUUGCAAUGCUAGCGAAAACGAGUUCUAUCACUCAUGAGUAUUUCUCAUUUUAAAUUUAUUCAGGACAAAUUUAAUGUCAUUCACUGUUUUGUUACGUUAUGUUGUAUUACUUUUAUUCUUGCUGAUUUUGAAAAAUUGUGGCUACAUAAUCAUUUCCGUACCUUUAUAAAUUAA